AUGUUUUCCUCGCGGAAUCGACAAGAUGAGGCCUAUCCGGCCGUGCCCGACUCCCUCAGGUCGGACUCGCUCGAGAUGGCGGAGCUUAGAAAGACACAACAAGCGCGAGCCGAUACUGCUCCUUACAUCACGCCCUACCUCAGCCUCCGUGCCAGACUCUCCCAAAUCUGGCUGAACCGGUGGACAAUUCUGCUCCUACUUGUCCUGCUCAGGGUCGUCUUGCUGAUCGCCAGCCUCAACGACAAUGUCGACGAAGCGAACCAGAAGGCGCUCUCCGCAUGUACAAAGGUUGAAGACAUCGGCAGCGCCAUGGCAUCCAUGCCUCACUACCUCUCCGUCGGCGUGAACGAGCUGUCGGCCAAGGGCAUCGAGAGGACCCUCGACGGCAUGGUCGCUGUGCUCGGUCUGCUCAUCACCGGUGUCCAGAAUCUCAUCAUCUUCGUCAUCAACAUGAUGACUUCGAUGUACACCUGCCUCAUCACUGCCUUCAUCCACGGCGGCCUCGACGUCGCUUCGGACGUCACCAAGAAGGUCACGGACGCCAUGAACAAGGCGGUCGGCGAAAUCAGCAACGUCAUCGACGACAAGUCCAAGAGCCUGUCCGACGGCAUCAACAAGGCCGUCGACGCCAUCGAAAACUCUGUCCUCGGCAACGUCCUACCCGACUUCCCAAAAGUCGACUUCUCGGGGCCCGUCAACGAUCUGCGUGACCUCAAGAUCGACACCAGCGGCUUUGUCGGCGAUUUGAACAAGCUCAACGACGACCUUCCUACUUUCGAAGAGGUCCAGAACAUGACUGCCGAGGCUAUCUCGUUCCCGUUCAACCUCCUCAAGAAGACCGUCGAAGAUGCCUACAAGGGAUACAAGUUCGACCGAUCCGUCUUCCCUGUCGCCCAAAAACAGGCACUCCAGUUCUGUUCGACCAACAACAGCAUAUCUGAGUUCUUCGACAACCUGCGAGACAUGAUCCAGAAGGCGCGCAUCAUCUUCAUCGUCGUUCUCUCCAUCCUCGCUGUGCUGGUCAUCGCGCCGAUGGCGUGGUUGGAGAUCAUGCGCUGGAGACGCGAGCAGAAGCACGCCAAGAUCAUGGCCAGCAACCAGUACGACUCGAUGGACGUCGUCUACAUCGCAUCCCGUCCCAUGACUGCCACCUGGGGCAUCAAGAUCGCGUCUCACUUCAAAGGCAAGCGGCAGAUCCUCGUGCGAUGGGCCAUUGCGUACGCCACGUCGCUUCCCGCUCUUUUUGUCCUGGCCCUUGCCAUCGCCGGCUUCUUCUCUUGCUUCUGCCAGUACAUCCUUCUCAAGGCGGUCGAGAGACAGGUGCCUGCGCUCGCCAAUCAAGUGGGUGAGUUCGCCGACGACGUCGUUGCUUCGCUCCAGGACGUCUCCACGUCGUGGGCUGACGGUGCCAACGGUGUGGUGCUGUCGACGCAGAACGAGAUCAACAACGAUAUGCUCGGAUACGUCACCAACGCCACCUCGGCCGUCAACGACACGUUGAACACCUUCACCAACACCAUGACAACCGGUCUGGAGACGGUUUUCAACGGCACCAUCCUCAUCAAUCCCAUCAAGGACGUCGUCCGUUGCACGAUCGGGCUCAAGGUCGAGGCAGUCCAAAAGGGACUCACCUGGGUCCACGACCACUCGCAGGUCUCGUUCCCUUUGUUUGCCAACGACACCUUCAGCCUAGGUGCCGAGGAGUCCAUCUCGGGCGAUUCGGACCUCAACACGUUCCUGGCCUCCCCAUCGUCGGUGACCACGGACGAAGUCACUGGCGCCGUGACGCACGUUACUGACGUGCUCCGCCGUGGCAUCAUCCAGGAGGCUCUCAUCUCCACUGGCAUCCUCCUCGUCUACGUCAUUGUCGUUCUCGUCGGUGUCAUCCGUGCCUUGGUUGGCAUGGCCAUGCCAGACAAGGGUCGUAGCGAGGGCGGGUUGCGCUAUACGGGGGAUGACCGUCCAGCCAUGAGCCCGAGAAGCCCUCCCAGAUCCCGUGACAACGAUUCUCGGUUCCCUCAAUUCGGCAGCGACGCAUCUGCAGUAGACGACGACCAUUACUCAGGAUUCCGAGACGAGAAGGCCGUCAAGAAGACGAGUGUCCAAGGCGGCAGGGUACAGCCCAUGGAGGGCCAUCAAAGACAAAGCUCAUAUGGACACCUCGACACAACGUCAUCCACCAAGAUCUAA